AUGACAUCUGCAACUACAGCGAUACCAACCACAAUGAGCCAGCUUCCUACAUCAAGAUCAACCAUUCCUGGCCAGCCAAAAACAACGGAAGCUAACACAAAAAUUCCAUUGACAACCAGCACAGUCCCCAGCAGUUCAGUUACACCAGUUUCGACAAAGACAAGUCAUUCACCAGCAAGCUCUACUCAUAACCCCACAACAACUUCUAUGGGAACAACGACGAAAUUUUCAACUGCUGUUGUACAAACAACUACUGCAACUGCCACAGUCGCCGCAUUUCCUACACCCCUUACAUCAGCUUCUACGCCCAUGACUAGCUUAACAACACCGAUCACAAGUGCGACAACCAAAGAGCAAACAUUCACUUCAAUUCCUUCGACUCAACCGACCUCAACACCAGCCACAACAUUAUUUCCAACUACAACAGCAACGACUAUAACAAUCCCCAAAUCUGAAACAACUAUAACAGUGCUGCCAUCAACCACAACAGGGGUUCAAGAAACUACAACAUCAGCCACAUCAACAACAACUGAAAUAUAUGGAACUACUGCGGAACAAACAGUUACACUGACCACAAAUCUAUCUACACCUUCAACUGCCAGGACUAGUUUCACUCCGCCAGCUGUAACUAGUCAAGAGACUUCUUCCACAUUAGUUCCGACUUCAACCACGUCAGUACCAACCACUUUUACAUCGAUUCCGACAACUGCAAAAUCAAAUUUAACAAGUACCACUGGAAAAACAACGAAAUUGUCAACUACUGUAUUGCCAACAACUACUAAACGAAAAACUACAACUGCUACUCCCUCGACAACUGCAGCAGUAACUACCACACCUUUGACAUCAGUGUCGACGCCCAUGACGAGCUUUACAACACCUUUCACAAGUGCGACAACCAAAGGGCAAAGGUUCACUUCAAUUCCUUCGACAGCUACAUCAACUAAACCAACAACAACAUCCUUUCCAACUAUAAUUGCAUCAACAACAACAAUCCCAACAACAAAAACAACUAACACUGUGCUGCCAUCUACUACAACAGGAGUUUCACAAACUAGAACAUCGGCCAUACCAACAAUCACCAAAACAUCGGGAACAACUGCGGAACAAACUGCCAGGACUAGUUUCACUCCGCCAGCUGUGACUAGUCAAGAGACUUCUUCCACAUCAGUUCCAACUUCAACCACAUCAGUACCAACCACUAUUACAUCGAUUCCCACAACUGCAAAAUCAAUUUUAACAAGUACCACUGGAAAAACAACGAAAUUGUCAACUACUGUAUUGCCAACAACUACUGAACGAAAAACUACAACUGCUGCUCCCACGACACCAGCUCCUACAUCUACUAUCACCCUGACAUCAGAGUCGGCGUCCAAGACGAGCUUCACAACACCUUUCACAAGUGCGACAACCAAAGGGCAAAGGAUCACUUCUAUUCCUUCUACAGCUACAUCAACUAAACCAACAACAACAUCCUUUCCAACUACAACUACAUCGACAACAACAAUCCCAACAACAAAAACAACUAACACUUUGCUGCCAUCUACUACAACAGGAGUUUCACAAACUAGAACAUCGGCCAUACCAACAAUCACCAAAACAUCGGGAACAACUGCAGAACAAACUGCCAGGACUAGUUUCACCCCGGCAGCUAUGACUAGUCAAGAGACUUCUUCCACAUUAGUUCCAACUUCAACCACAUCAGUACCAACCACUAUUACAUCGAUUCCGACAACUGCAAAAUCAAUUUUAACCAGUACCACUGGAAAAACAACGAAAUUGUCAACUACUGUAUUGCCAACAACUACUGAACGAAAAACUACAACUGCUACUCCCCCGACAACUGCAACAGGGUUUCACAAACUAGAACAUCGGCCAAACCAACAAUCACCAAAACAUCGGGAACAACUGCGGAACAAACUGCCAAGACUAGUUUCACUCCGCCAGCUAUGA